UAUGCCUUUAAAUUUUAAUUAUAGUUUUUUUUCAUUUGACUUUACAGGCAUCCAGAGAUAUGGCUUUAACUAUAGUGACACUUCAAUUUCAUUAUGGGGGUUGUUUUGUAUCGGAUUCUACUUUAAGGUAUGCCAAUUGAAUAACUAGUGUUGAAAAGAUUAAUAUAGAUGUAGAUGAGUUGCAUAUUAUGUUGUAGCAUUAGAAUUGUGUGUUGAAAAUGUUGAGACAUUUGGAUGUAGAGUCAACAAGAAGGGUAUUUUUUACAUGUUAAAUACUGAUCACGAUGUUCUAAAAAUUCUUAAUGGUUUGAAGGCUGCUGAUUUUGUUGAUGUAUAUGUUGUACAUCCCAUUAGUAUACCUUUAGUUCUUGAGGAGAUACUUGAAUUGCCUAGACACUAAUACUGAUGUGUCCUCAUCUCCACAAAAAUAUAUUGCUGAUAUGUCCUCCUUCCCACAUAAAAAUAGGGCCGAUUUCUCAUCAUCCCCACAAAUAGAUUGGGUUGAUGUGUCUUCAUCUCAACCAUUUACUGAAAAAGAAAAUAUGGAUUUAAACCAAAACCAGUCCCCUUUAAUUGAAGAGCAGCCCCCUUUAGUUGAAGAACAAGAUCCUGCUCCUAGAGUUGAAGAACAUUUUUAUUCUGAUUCACUCUAUGAUGUUGAUGAAAAUAUUGAUGAUUUGAGUGAUCAGGAUGAGGACUUUCUUCAAGCUAGACAGUUUAACAUUCAAGAACAAGUUAAAGAGAAGACUGAUAGAGUAAAUCUAGAUGAGAUACCAUCUGGUCCUGUAGGUAUAGAUGUUGGUGUUGAAGACAUUUAUAAGGAGAGAAGGGAUAGAUUUGAAGGGAAUUUGGGUGGUGAUGACCCUUUUUUUGAUAGCUCGGAUCUUUGUAGUGACACUAGUGAAGAUGAAGGGAACCUGUUGGGGAUGAUGAAGUGGUAGAUACAACACCUAGGAAGGAAAGUAAAAAGUUCUACUUUGAUCCAACUGCUAAAAAGGUUUGUUUUCAACUGUAUGUGGUAUUCAUGAAUAACAUUGAGUUCAAGGAGGCACUGCAAACUUACUCUAUUAAGAAGGGUGUUAAUAUUAAGUUGAAACCUAAUGAGAAGGAAAGGGUAAGGGCACAUUGUAAGAAAAAAGGUUGUCCUUGGCAUAUUCUUGGAAGUAUUGAUGGUAACAUUGGAAACUUUAGUGUUAAAACAUAUUUUUCAGUUCACAAGUGUUUUAAAAGAACAAGAAACAAACUGUGUAACUCCAUUUGGAUUAGUAAACAUUACAAAGAGAGGAUUAUGAGUGAGCCUACCAUCAAACUACAUUAGAUUCAAUAUUAGAUACAAAAGGAGUAUAAUUUGUAUGUUAGUAAAACAAGUUGUAGAAAGGCAAAACUGAGAGUUAUGAAUGAACAUAUGGGAGAUUUUAGAGAGGAGUUUUCUAGGUUGUAUGAUUAUGCUGAGCAAUUAAAGAACACAAAUCCUGGAACUACUGUAUCUGUUAGGACAUCCAAGAACACAAUUCCAGGAAAAGAGGUGUUUAUGAGCAUUUAUAUUUGUCUUGGUUCCUCAAAAAGUAGUUGGAAAGAAGGGUGUACAAGGAUCAUUGGUUUAGAUGGUGCAUUUCUUAAAGGUGUAUGUAAAGGUGAACUGUUAGCUUGCAUUUGCAAAGAUGGAAAUAAUCACAUGUACCCUAUAGCAUGGGCAAUAGUUGAUAAAGAAACCAAGGAGACAUGGUCUUGGUUUCUCAAGUUCAUCAGACAUGAUUUGGAGCUUAAAAAAGUGAAGGACUAACAGUGAUGUAUGAUAUGCAGAAGGGUAAUCAUCUUGCACUUAUUGAUGUAUUGCGAAUGCUUAAAUCAGAUGGUGUGGUAGGCAUAUAUGGGCAAACUGGAAGAAAGACAGGAGGGGAAAAGAAAGGAGAAGAAAAUUUUGGCAGGUUGCUAGAGCACCAUUUGAGGUACUUUUACAGUCCAAACUUGAUGUUUAAGUGAGUAAGGAGAAGACAUUAUAGAAGUACUGUUAAAUUAUAACAAGGAAGCAUGGUGUAGGGAAUAUUUUAAAGUACAUAGCAAGUGUGAUGUGGUUGAGAACAACAUGUGUGAGACUUUCAACAGUUGAAUUGUAUAUGCUAGGUUCAAAACAAUAAUCACUAUGCUAGUGGAAAUAAAAGUCAAAGUUAUAGAAAGAAUGAUUUAAAUGAGAGAAUUUUUAGAAAGAUGGAUUACUGAUGUAUCAGCUAUGGCUAUGGAUAUUCUUAGAAAAAAUGCUGAAAUUGCAGAUAAUUGUAAGGUUUUGUUUAAUGGUGAUCUUGGCUUGGAGAUUCAUGAUCCACCAUAUAAACAUGUUGUUGACCUAAAAAAGAAGGUGUGUAGUUGUAGUCAUGGCAAUUAAAGGAAAUUCUUUGUGGUCAUGCACUUACAACAAUUCAUUUUUAUGAUUGGGUUGUUGAGUCAUUUGUUGACUACUGGUACAAGAAAGAAACGUACCUAAAAGCAUAUAACAAAUUUAUUCAACCUAUGACAAACAUGAAGAUGUAGCCAAAAAGUGAUAGACCAGCCAUUGAACCACUUGAAAUAACAUCCAUGCUAGGAAGACCACGAAAAAAUAGGUGAAAAGAUAAUGAUGAGCCAGUUAAGAAGAAGUUUGGAAAGACUACAAGGAAGGGAAGAAAAAUGAAAUGUUCCGUGUGUAAGACUUUUAGACAUAACAAGAAAGGAUGUCCAACUCUGAAAAAUGUUGCCGCUGGAACAAGUGAUGCAAGUGAUAGAACUUCAAAUGUUGCUAUUGGAACUUCAUGUGCAGGUCCAAGUGAAAGUCCAAGGGAAGUUCCAUGUGCAGGUCAAAGUGCAGGUCCAAGGGCAGUUCCAAGGGCAGGUCCAAGUGGUCCAAGGGAAGUUCCAUGUGCAGAUCCAAGUGUAGGUUCUAGGGCAGUUCUAAGUGAAGGUCCAAGGGAAGUUCCAUGUGCAAGUCCUAGGGCAGUUCCAAGUGAAGUUGCAAGGGAAGUUCCAUGUGCAGGUCCAAGGGAAGUUCCAAGUUUCACUCAACAAUCAACUUCUAGUGCAACUAGCCAAAAAAGAAAAACUGACACAGCUUUGAGAGGAGAUGCAUCUCUUGCCUAUGAGAAACCAAGACAAAACAAGAGAAGACAACUAGUUAUGGUCUCUUAUUUGGAUCAGGUGGCAGUGUAACAGAGAGAGUAUGUAUUUUAUCAUUUAAACACAUUAGAUUGUUUUAAUUGAUAUUAGUUCAUCUCUGGGUUAAGAUUUGUUAUUUUCUCAGUCUGAAAAUACUGAUAGGGUAUUACACAGUGCUACAUUGACAAGUUCAACUUCUACCAAUAUUGAUCUUGGUUACAAACUCAAAGGACUAAGGUGGAAGGGAAGAGCUGCAAUUACUCAAAGGCAGCUACGAGAGGAAAGUUACAGAAGCACUCAAGGCACUCAAGGCACACAUUAGAUUUCACUUUAUUUAGCUUAAUGAAAUGAUCCCAACUAACUUUAUUUUGAUUAAUGAUUUGAUCUCAACUGUUUUAUAUAUGAAUUUGUGUUAAGUUGCUAUUGGGAAGACUUUGUUUUUCUUGUAAGAAUUUGUGCUUGAAUGAAGUUAGUCAGAUUUCUGACGUAAAUGCAAUCAAUUUCAUUAUCAAAUAACACAUAGUACAAAUCAAUAUAUCUUAAAUAUAACAACUACAAACCAAAUAACAACAAUAACAAUAACAGUGAUAUCAAUUCUAGUGUUUGAUCCUUGUCUUCCUUGCGUUCGUUGUUUUCUAUGUGUUCCUUGUCUUUCUUGUCUUCCUUGUUUUGCUUCCUUGAACUCAUUUAUGAAUUAUUGAUGUUGUAUUGUUCAUUAGUAUCAGCCCAUCAGAAGAAUUCACACCCAUUACCGGAUGAAUAUUUUUGGCAGCCCCAAAACAUUCAUCCAGGAUUAGUUGGUGUUCUUGAUGUCUUUAUUUCAGCAUAUAUUCCACAGUAGCAACAUCGAACUGUCAUCGUGAAAACCAACAAAAUAUAAUAGAAUCAAACAAAAAAAAAGA